AUGCACACACACACACGCACAGACACAUGCUGCUGUGUGGGGCUGUUUCUUAUUAUUGUCGUUUAUUUAUUUAUUACUUUUGAUGAACGUUUUAUUAUUAUUAUUUUAGAGUGCACCAAAAGAAAAAAAAAAACUAUUCUGGGAAAGCGAGGGCGAAAAAAAAAGGGGAGUCACAGGGUUUAUAGGGCAAAUUGCGUUGCGCAGUUAUUAGCAAUGUCACAUGCGAAUUCCACAGUAGUAGCGAUAAUUCUUAUUUUGGGGCUUUUGUUGCUUGCCGGCACGUCGGAUGGGCAACGGAUGUCGUUACCGCGAGAAACAUAUCCGCGUCCUGCGAAGGACGGGGUCAAUCCCGCCGCGAUGUUUCUCCGCUGGGCGCAACUUAUAAAUUCCUUCGUGGAGGCGCUUCUUAACGCAGCGGGGCCGUCGACCGUCGCUGAUAAAUUAAAACGCAACGCACCGACAGAUAUGGAGGGUUCAGAGCUAAGGGCGAUUUCGAUCUCGCCCAACUAUUUAAAAGCACCCCAGAAUGGAGAGGUGAAGAGGGCCGUCGACCCCGACGACGGAUUGAGGUAUUUACUGCCGCCAAAAAGAACAUUACCGCCUCACUCGUGCUGGUCUGGCUACCUGGCGGUUCCCACCACCACCAUCUUUAAUUGCAGCAGCGGAAGCAAAACAGCUGACGAGUACAGUAAUCUGAAUGAUUAUCAACGGGCAGGAUGCCAACACGAUGAGAAGGUUGAAGCAGUCUGUCUCUGUCCGAUCGGCACUGUGUGGGUGAAACGCAGGUUCGAUAAAGAGUGGGUGUGUUACCCACGACUACUUCUUGUCUCAGCGCGGUUGGAGGACAAACACAUUUGCGAAGAUUCCCUCGGCAAAUCGUUGGGGCUCCGCAGCAGCUACAACCCGAGUGACUUUUGCAUCCACACCCAGCGGAAAGCAACGCUUCUCCUCAACAUCAAUGUGAGUUACCGAUGGACGGAGAAUGAUGAACUUGCCGACUUUCUUGCGGCAAAGAACAACCUCCUUGUCUUUGGGAAGCUGCAAUACGAUGAGACGUACAUUACAUUGCUUCGAGGCAUUUCAGGCAUCCCCGACGUGUUAUCCCGCUCCCCGAAACUAUUUCAAUUUGAUGUGACUCCUAACGCGUCGCAUUUAGACGCAUUUGGGGUAGUGGAAGGACACCCGUUGCAACGGGAUGGUGCAUUUGAGCACGUGGUGUACCCGUUUCGAGAAAUGGCACUGUUGUACCGUGGACAAGUUGUUCAAAAGCUAUCCGAUUCAGAAGUCAUGAACACUUUUUUUAGUGGAGAUAGAAACUUUACAUUGCAACAAGUGACACGGGAUUUAAAUCAAUUGAGUGAUUCCUACAUAACAAGCGGUAUGAUGUAUAUGGAAAUUGGUUUUUAUGGUACAAUUAUUCCAUUUGGAGCUCGUCAUUCUCAUUUAUGGAUUACGUUUAAAGAAUCUUUACCGGUGAAAGGAAAUUACAAUUAUGACCAGUCACCAAGCCCAGCCAUUAUCGCUGCCAUUACUUUUGGUAGUGCGGUGCUUGCAAUCAUUAUGGUAACAGUUUUGUGUUAUUUAUGCCGGCGGCAGAAGGACAUUGAUGAUCCGCUUCUGGCCAACGCUUUAGAGAAACAGAGUCAAAUGAUGAUGAAAAAGAAGGAUUGA